AUGAGUUCAUUAGGCCCCAGCGACCCAAAGACGGCCGUCAUGCGCCAGGUGCAGCAAGAGGCCGCUAUGCAGAAUGCACGCAUGCUUGUCGAGAAACUCAACGAGCACUGCUUUGAACGCUGCGUCCCCAAGCCCGGCACAUCCCUCUCCAAAGGCGAAGAAAACUGCUUCACUGCAUGCAUGGAAAAGUACAUGAGCGCAUGGAACACUGUCAGCAAGCAAUACGUCGGGAGGAUACAGCGUGAAAGCGCCCAGGGCGGCGCGGUGCAGAACUUUUAA